AUGAGUGCUUCUGUUUCCUCCGCUCUUGCAGCCUCCUCAACUACUUCACUCGCCACUCCUGGUGGCUUACGCCGUCAAUGUUGCCGAAGUAGCAGUCGUUGUUCCUUCACCUCCAGGCCUUUUACAUCCUCUAUUCACCACCCCUUUAUACUGAGAGUUACAAAUGAUUCUAGUAGGACUGAAAUGUCUUCAGCUGAGCCUACCAAUGAACGUUCUGAAGCUGAUAAGAUCGUUGAUGGAAUGGACUUUGGUGAGCUUUGCAAUGAGUUCGAGUGCGUUAGUAGCCCGCUGGUGGAAUCUACUGCCAGACAGCUUGUCCGUGAUAUCCUAGAACUACGCGAAGGCAAUCGUGCCCUUGGAACCUAUGCAGUUUCUGUCAGAUAUAAGUGCCAUGCCAAUCGUGCUGCUGCUGCUGUUGCAUUGGAGCAGAGAAGUACUGAUCCAUUCAGAAGUUUCAUUGGUCGUGAGAAAUACAAGAGACCACUAUGGGCAACUGGCGCUCUGGAUAACCCUUCUGCGGACUUCGCCGAUCUUGUCAAAAGCUUGACAAACCGUAUGUCAACCUCAGAAGAGAACAUCGAGAUGUAUCCUGACCCUUCUGGUGAUCCAACAAAGAAUACAAUUACUAGAAACUAA